UCCCGCCCGUUAGUUUUGUUUACUCUAGUUAAGUACCUACCUACCUACCCAAGCAACUUUCCUUUUGUAUAUUCUUAGUCUUUUGUACAUUCUUUGUCCGUGUAAUUUAACGAUGUUUGUAUUGUGAUCUAUAAAUAAUUAUGCCUGUAUACGUUGAUCCAAAUCAUAGUACUAUUGAGGACAGGAAGUAUGAUUGCAAACUCCCUGUCCACAUUGACACUUCUUCAAAUGAAACAGGGUCACCAACUCAGGAGCAUGGUGAAAUUAGUCCUGAUUCUUCACUUCAACAGUCUAUGCAGAUGUCAGAAGUGACAGAAGUGAUCAAGAAAAGAAGUAGAAGUAAAAGUCCUAUAAAUGGCGAAACUGCGGGGCAAUUUAAACGUCUCAAAAAAGAUGAUGUUGAUAAGAAUGGCAAUAACUUAACUGUAGCAGAUAUUGCAUUAAACAAGUCUGAUAAUGAUGGGACUGACCUGAAUGGGUCUAAUGAAAAUAUGAAGGAAAUAAAAAAUAAUGACAGUUCAGAAGGAAAUGUAAUAAAAAAGCACACCACAGAUGAUAAUCAGAUAAUUAAAACUAAUACUCAACUGAAUUUAGAUAAAUGCAUGAUUUGCGGACAAUUUUUAAAUAACUCUGACAUUAUAUUUUACCAAGGACAUCCUCAGAAUGCUGAGGAGGAAUUUGUUGCUUUGACUAAUGAAAAACUUGUCUUAUCAGCUGGUGAUGAUGGAGAUGUCAUGGAGCGACCUCAGACAAAUAUAACUGGGUUCUCCAUCUUUGAUGAACAAGGCCAUCUCUGUCCUAUAGAUGCAGGUCUCAUAGAAAGUGAUGUUCGGAUCUUCAUGUCUGGAUAUUUGAAGUCUAUUUGUUCUGAUUCACCAGAUAUUGAUGAAGAAUCUGUGCCAGUUAAAGAUGUGGGCCCUAUUAUUGAAUGGUACAUCCAUGGGUUUGAUGGUGGAAAAAGAAACUGUAUAACACUUUCUUCUGAAUUUGGAGAGUACAACUUGUUGAAGCCUAGUGAAGAAUAUACACCUUUGAUGAACAAUUUAUAUGAAAAAAUCUGGUUGAGUAAAGUUGUGGUUGAAUAUUUAGAAGAGUACCACUAUCUGCAGCCAACAUAUGAAGAUUUGCUUGAAGUACUGAGAGAAGCCAGUAUUCCAGAAUUGGAUGAUAAAAAAAUGAGUGAAGAAAUGCUACAUAAACAUGCACAAUUUGUUUGUGAUCAAGUAGUCAGUUUAGAGGCUGAUGAAGAUGAUGACCCGUUGAUAACAUUACCGUGCAUGAGAGAAUUAAUAAAACUUAUGGGUAUAAAAUUUGGUAAACGCAAGUUUAGAACUAAAAUUGAUUACAAAAAGGUGGACAAAAAAGCAUGGACAAAGGCUACCACAACCCCUCUCGUAAGAAAAACGUUUGAGAGCUUCUUUUCUAAUCAACUUGAUAAAACAAACCAUGAAUUGGUAUUGAGGAGGAAGAGAUGUGGUGUUUGUGAAGCCUGCCAGUUACCCGAUUGCGGGGAAUGUAAUGCCUGUCGGGCCAUGGCCAAGUUCGGCGGACAUGGUCGUACUAAGAAAGCGUGCGUGAGAAGAUUAUGUCCCAACAUGGCCGUAGAGCAAGCAAAUGAUUCGGAGCCAGACGAUGACGAUGAUUACCAGCAAAUGGUCGAAAAGAAACACCAUGAUAAGAUAGAAGAUGCCAUUCCAGUCAAACUGACUGGAAAUAAUAGAAAAAUUAAAUGGAUCGGAGAACCAAUUAAAGCAGACACAACCAAAGUUUAUUACGAAAAUGUAGAAAUUGAGGGUUCAGAACUUCAAAUAGGAGAUUACGUAAUGGUCGAAACUUCGCAAAUGAAUAUUCCAGCUUUGGUUGCGAGAGUGGUUUACAUGUGGAAGGAGAACACUAACCCACAAAUGGGGUAUUUCCAUGGAGAAGUGUUUUACAGGUCAUCAGACACAGUUUUGGGCGAGGUGGGCGACCCGCGAGAAGUGUUUUUAGGAGACAGAUGUUGUCACGGAGCUCCUCUAUCUUCUAUAUUACGAAAAGCUCAUGUUGAAAAGAAAACAAUGCCCCAAGAUUGGUUCAAACUUGGAGGCAAAGAAGUGGAUGACGAAGUAUUUGAAGACGACGGUAAAACAUACUUCUACAAAAAAUACUACGAAAGAUUUACUGCCCGCUUCCAAGACUUACCCGAUGAUCCGGUAUGCCCAAACGAAUUGAGGAAACAUCGAUUUUGUCCAUCAUGCGAACGAAAAACAAAGAGAGACGCAAAAAACAUUCCCAAAGUGUCCGGGAAGUUGGCUGAAAAAUCAAAGAUAGUUUCGGAAGCCAACAGGACCGAGUGGACUUCGGUGACUUGGCAAGACUACGAAUAUAAAAAGGGGUGUGCCGUGUUCCUCAAACCCGGCACGUUCAAGCUGAAGAAUAGGUUAAAUAGCUUGAGCAAUAACGUCAGCCAAAAAUUAAAACCCGACAAAGUCGACGAAGAUAUCUAUCCAGAGUACUAUAGGAAGAGCGAUAACAAUUUGCGGGGAUCCAACGUGGAUACGGGGGAGCCUUUCUGCGUGGGCCACAUCGCGGCCGUGACGGCGGCCGGCAGCGGCCCGCUCGUGGUGCCGCAGGACAUCUUCCUGCUGCUGCGCGUCAUGUUCCGGCCCGAGAACACGAGCGCCCGCUUCCCGCAGCUCGAGGACCUCUGCUCCGUGUACUGGAGCGACGAACUGCGCGAGGUGCCGUUCGCGGCCGUGGUGGGCCCCUGCCACCUCAUCUACGACCGCAACGUGCCGCCGCAGCUCGAGCUCCGCGACUGGCUCGAAGCCGAUCCCGAUCGCUUCUACUUCAGAAUGGCCUACGACAGAUCCGCCGAUCGAAUUGUCGACGUUCCCGACCACGCCACGGAGGUCGGUCGAGCCGAGAGAGGAAAAGAUAAAGGAAAAGGAAAGGGGAAGUCGAGCAGUAAGCGCGUCGAGAGCGAGGCGAAGACCGCGGAGGCGAAGGUUCGCCCUCUGCGCACGCUGGACGUAUUCGCGGGGUGCGGUGGGCUGUCGCUGGGGUUGCACGCGGCGGGAGUCGCGGACUGCCGCUGGGCCGUGGAGAACGUGGAGUCGGCCGCGCACGCCUACUCGCUCAACAACCCGUCCUGCACGGUGUUCAACGAGGACUGCAACGCCUUGCUGGCGGCCGCCAUGGCGCAGCAGAGCCACAGCCGCGGCGGGCUGCGGCUGCCGCGCCAGGGCGAGGUGGAGCUGCUGUGCGGCGGCCCGCCCUGCCAGGGCUUCUCCGGAAUGAACCGGUUCAACUCGCGCGAAUACUCCAACUUUAAAAACUCCUUAGUCGCCUCCUUUUUGUCGUACUGCGACUACUACCGGCCUAAGUAUUUCAUAUUGGAGAACGUGAGGAACUUCGUAGCGUUCAAGAAGGGGAUGGUAUUGAAGCUAACGCUGCGCGCGCUGCUGGACAUGGGCUACCAGUGCACGUUCGGCAUCCUGCAGGCGGGGCAGUACGGCGUGCCGCAGACGCGGCGGCGGCUGGUGGUACUGGCGGCGGCGCCGGGGUUGCGGCUGCCGCGCUAUCCGCCGCCCACGCACGUGUUCAGCCGCCGCGCCUGCACGCUGGCCGCCACCGUCGACGGCAAGCGCUUCGCCUCCGACCUGCAGUGGGAAGACUCCGCUCCGAGGAGGACCUGCACCAUCCGUGACGCUAUGAGCGAUUUGCCCCGCAUCUGCAAUGGGGCCAACAAAAUCGAAAUCGACUACGGUUCGAUGCCGGAAAGCCAUUUCCAGCGGUUGAUACGGAGCAGAGAUGAAAACGCGAAACUACGCGAUCACAUUUGCAAGAACAUGGCCCCUCUCAUUCAAGCCAGAAUCAGCAGAGUGCCGACCACGUCAGGAUCAGAUUGGAGGGACCUGCCAAAUAUAUCGGUGACACUUUCUGAUGGAACUAAGUGUAAGGUGCUGCAGUACCGGUACCCGGACAAGAAGAACGGGCGCUCGGGCACGGGCGCGCUGCGCGGUGUGUGCGCAUGCGCAGCGGGCGGCGCGUGCUCGGCGCACGACAAGCAGGAGAACACGCUCAUCCCCUGGUGUCUGCCGCACACCGCCAACAGGCACAACAACUGGGCCGGCCUCUAUGGGCGUCUGUCGUGGGACGGGUACUUCAGCACGACGGUGACGGACCCCGAACCGAUGGGCAAGCAAGGCCGCGUGCUGCACCCUGAGCAGCCGCGCGUGGUCUCCGUGCGCGAGUGCGCGCGCAGCCAGGGCUUCCCCGACAGCUACCUGUUCGCGGGCUCCGUGCAGGACAAGCAUCGACAGGUUGGGAACGCCGUGCCACCGCCAUUAGGAGCUGCUUUGGGCAGGGAAAUAAAAAAGGCAUUAGCUAAGAGUAAUGAAAACCUAUAAAAAUCAUGAACUUCUACAUAAUUUUAAAAAUAAAGACAAUAAAUCAUAAAUA